AUGUCCGGGCGAGGUCGUGUAAUUCCCGCCCUCGUGGCUAUUGCAACAGGUGUAGUGUCGGGAGUUUAUAUAUUCCAGCCUCUGAUAAUUCAAGAGCGGGACAAACUUGUCACACUGAACCAGUCACCUAAUGCCACUAAUAAUGCACCUCCCAACAUCACUUCUACCAUUUCUCGACCUGACUCGCCGCCUACUGAGGAUGCUUCUAAACCGGCUUAA